UGUCAAAGAAGUUAAGAAAGUUUAGUCAUCUCUCGAUUGGAUUUUAUUUACUUAUAAGUAUCAUUAAAAGAAAAAUAGUGAAUUGUCACGUUAAUACUUAAUAAGUAGCAAUAAUAAACGUGCAUUGAUUGAUUGGUGCUUUUCGAUAUUAGACAGAACUAUGUUCAAAAAGGCAAAUAAAUUAUCACCACAACCCGCACCACCGUCAGUGGAGCAAAUAAUGGAAGAUCUUGAAACAUUUUGUGUCGAACGUCAACCAACAGAAAAAGUUCGAUCUUUGGAUAGCAGUGCCACUGAGGAGCCGGAUAUUGAGGAUUGGUGGAAGGUGUUCCAAACGUACCUUGAAGACCAUGAGCAAUUUCACAGCAUGAAAAUUGAUAUUGAAAAUUUAAAGAAGAAAUUGUUAGCCACGCAAACUGAAUUACAAGAAGCACGAGAUAGUAUUCAGCGUCAAAUUGACGAGGAUCUCGAAAAAAUUAAGCUAACUAUACAAAGCUGAGGAAUCAUUUAAUUUAGAACACAUUGUAAAAUAGUAUAUACAGGAAAAUAACAAUUAUCGUUUAUAUUAUUUAAAAUUCUUGAUUGUUAAUGAUUCUAUUGGUAAUGCUGGACUUAUCUUUGUAAAUAAAAAAGCUUUUUUUCACAAUAUAUCUCUACUG